AUGCUUCACCACCAGCCCCAGAUUCUCUCUCCUCUGCCCGAGAUGAACUCGCAGUCUCCCUCGGACGCCUCCAACCUUCGUGCUCGCAAGAUGUCGGCCGGCGGAAACAGGUCUUGGUCUGAAGAAGAGGAAAACUACCUUCUCCAGACGCGCAUGCAAAAGAUGCCUUACAAGCACAUUGCCGCACACCUCAAGAAGACUGAGCUUGCCUGCCGUCUGCACUACCACCAGCUCUCGCACGGCAGCCACCGCCGCAAGCGAAACAACUCGGUCUCCUCCAACGCUUCAUGCAGCUCCACUGGCACCUCUGCUGCAUAUGGCAUGGUUGCGGAGCAGGAUGCUUACUCGCAGUCCUCUCGCCACAGCUCGCCCAUGAGCUACACUGGCAGCCCCCAUGUCCGUGCCGGAUCCGUCUCCAACUCUCCUGGCCGCUCGCAGCACAAGAUUCUCCUGCCCAAGCCUCGCACGCUUACCCCUUGCGGCUCUCCUGAGCCCUACAACGGCCUCCGCAUUAACACCGAGGUCGCUCACCAGCCCAAGGUGGUCGACACUGACCGACUCCGCUCCAUCUACGAGUCUCGCCGCCAGCAGUUCUGGGCUACUGUCGCCGCCGACUAUGGCACCGACGUCUCGCCUGCUCAGCUCGAGGAAAUCUGGCGCAGUGGCUCCAACGCCGUUCGCCCCCCUACCCCUGAUGCCUCACCCGACGGCAGUGUCAUGCACAACCCCGUGUUCAAGCCUACUCCUUUUGCAUCCUACGCCUCUCCAGCCCCCAGCGAGCAAGCUAAGCACUGCAGCCCCAUGAACCAAAACAACGCUAGUGCUGUUUCUGCUCCAGAGCGUAUGCCUUAUGUCCUACCCAUGCCUGUCCCCUCUUCUGGCCGACCAAGGGCUGGCACUUGGAGCUCGGCUCCCAGGGACAACAUGCCCAUUGCCAGCCUGCUCAACGACGACAGGAACUAA